AUGAGCAGUGCUUUCCAGGUUCCUAUUGUCCUGCUCAAUGAAUUGUCUUAUCUGGAGCUAAAGUUAGAUUGGGAAGAUAAACAUUUUCAGGGUGACAAUGAAGAACAAGAAAAAUUACUGAAGAAAAGUUGUACACUGCAUGUUAGAAAUUUUUCCUUUUACACAACUGAAGAACAAAUUUACAAACUCUUCAGCAAAAGUGAUGACAUAAAAAGGAUCAUUAUGGGUUUGGAUAAAAUGAAGAAAACAGCAUGUGGCUUCUGUUUUGUGAAAUAUUACUCAAGAGCAGAUGCAGAAAAUGCCACACGUUUCGUAAACGGAGCUCCUCUGGACGACAGGAUCAUUCGCACAGACUGGGACAUGGGCUUCAAGGAGGGCAGGCAGUAUGGGCGUGGGAGAUCCGGAGGCCAGGUUCACGAUGAGCACCAGCAGGAAUAUGGCGCUGGAAGAGAGGACAAUGGAAAACUCGCACAAGAGCAGUGA